GUGACCUGGCAGCAUGUUCUGUGCACUGCUUCUUCUGUCCGGGGUCCUGGGCACCGCCCUGGCCAGCCCCAUCUCUGGCCCCGAGGAGUGUGCCAAGGGCUCAGUGGUGUGGUGUCGGGACCUGCAGGUGGCGACAAGGUGCGGGGUGGUGGGGCAUUGCCGCAGCACUGUCUGGAGCCAGCCCACCGCCAAGACCCUGCCCUGUGAUGUGUGCCUGGACGUGACGGCUGCCGCCAGCAAUGGGCUGAACCCCGAGGCCGCAGAGACGGACAUCCUGGCUUUGGUGAUGAAGACCUGUGAGUGGCUUCCCAGACAGGGGUCCUCGGCCAGAUGCCAGGGGAUGGCAGAGGCCCACGGCUCAGCCAUCCUGAGCAUGCUCCGUGGGGACCCAGGCAGCACCCCGGCCCAGGUGUGUGUGGCACUCACCCUGUGCCAGCCACUGCAGAGGAACCUGGCUGCCCUGGGGCCGCUCUCCAAGGAGGAUACAUCCAAGGGAGAGGCCCCAUUCAUGACCAACGGGCCCCUCAGCUUCCACCCUGUGCGGAUUGCUACGAGCUCGGUAUGCCAGGACUGCGUCCGGCUGGUCACUCAGCUCCAGGAUGCCGUUGGGCCCAGCCUGUCCUCCCUAGCAGAGGUGACCACGCAGGAGCAGUGCGAGUCCCUUGAGCCGAGCCUGGCUUCACUCUGCAAGAACUACCUCCGCCAGUUUUUUGCGCCCAUCAAGCAAACACUGAGGUUUGUCCCCCCGCACGAGGUCUGCAAGAAGGGGGGCUUCUGUGAGGAGCUGGAGGGACGGGGCCGCUUGGCUCACGUGGCUUCGGUGGGCAGAGUCCCCUCCCUGGAGCUGGCGUCCCCGAGGCAAGAGAAAGAGCUCCAGAUGAAGGCCGGCGUGAUCUGUGACGUGUGCCUGCAAGUGGUCCAGAAGCUGGGCCACUGGCUGGAAUCCAACAGCACCCAGGCCAUCAUCAUCCACGCCCUGGACCGCCUGUGCUCGGCCCUGCCCGCUCCCCUGGUCCGAGAGUGUGUCACCCUGGUGGACGCCUACAGCCCGUCCUUGCUGGAGCUGCUGACCAGAGUCACCCCAAAAAAGCUGUGCACGGCCAUCUGGCUGUGCAGCAGACGGCGGUGGGCCCGGGACAUCCCGGAGCCCCCUGCGACCCUGCUGCCCCCCCUGCUGGACAAGGAGAGGCAUGGCGCCUUCUGCAACGGGUGCAGGCGGCUGCUGGACUUGUCUGCCCGCAACCUGGAGCAGAGGGGCACCAGGCAGGUCCUCCUGAGGACGUUCAAGGGCGGCUGCAGCAUCCUGCCGCUGACCUACAUGACCCAGUGCAACCGCUUCGUGACCGAGUACCAGCCCCUGUUCAUCGAGACGCUCAGGGACAUACUGGACCCCAUGACCCUGUGCACGAAGAUGGGCGCCUGCCACAGGCCCAGGACCGCGCUGCUGGGCACCGACCAGUGUGUCAUGGGCCCGAGCUUCUGGUGUGAGAGCCCGGAGACGGCCGAGAUGUGCAACGCCGUGGAGCACUGCCAGCGCCACGUGUGGAAAGAGUCGCCCUUCCACACCUGAGAGCACGCGUGACCCGGCUGCCCGAGACCCGGCAGGGGCCAGCACCGCCCCCACCCCCCGGAGGCCCUUGUCUCCUUGAACCCCACAAGGACCCUAUGAGGUGGGUGCUGUCCCCACCCCCAUUUCACAGAUGAGAAACUGAGGCUCAGAGCAGGGAGGGUGGAAAGAAGCAGAGUCUGUCUUGACCACCGGGCCCCGUGGCUUGGCCCUGGCACGCGUCAUCCAUGGCCUGGGAUGAGGGGAUUGUGCCUCCCCCGAUUCCCCAUCACUGUGCUGUUGCUGGUGGUGUGGGGGCCUGGCAGUGGCCGCUGGUGCCCCCUCUUCACCUUGGUGACGGGGGCAUGGCUGGGGUGAGCGGUGGCAGGGAGAGGAGGGGAGGAGCGGGGCUGUCAUGGGCGGAGGGCCGUGCCUGUUUGACCAGUUGGAGUGGGGGGACCAGGUCUCAUCCACAGCCACCAUCACCUGCUCAGGCCAGAGCUGCUCCCUGGGGUGGCCUCGAAAUGCACAUGAGGUGUGAGUAUCUGUAAAUCUUCCUGGGGAGCAGGUGGGGCUUCGCUCACAUGCUUUGAGGGGUUCCUGGGCUCCAAGCAGCCCACAGCAGGACCCCUCCCUGUACCCCAGGCUUAGGCUGCCCUAGUGACAGGCAGGAGGCAGCCUGCGCCCUAAGCAGGGAGAGGAAAGAAAGCAGGCCGGGCGCUGGGCAGGCUGAGCAGACCCCUCCACCUGUCGGAGCCUCGGCUUUCUCAUCUGUAGAAUGGGGGUGAUCACACCUGUCUCGCGGGGACACCGAGACAAUGUGAGGAGGUGUCUGCGAGCUUCCUCCCCCCAAAGGACCAGCAUCCACCCGUCUGCUGGGACCAGCAAGACCCAGCUCAGGGUCCCCAGAAGCAUCUGGCUAUGCAAGCACUAAAUGAACUGCAGGCUUCCUCCAAA